AUGGGAAUCCUGUGGGAAGAAGAGCAGUUCCCGUACCACUACAAGCGCAUCCCGAACGAUGGCGUGAUUGAUCCCGACUGGCCAGAUGACAAGGUGGAGCGCUUCAUCCGGGCGAUGUACUUCCCACCCCUGACGCCGGCCAAGUUCCGGAGCGCCGAUGGGGAGCUGCAUCCGGUUGUGAGCCUGGCGGCCUUCGAGGCUCUGCGACGUGGUGAGGCGCCCGCACCGCCGCCGGCACCGGCACUUCCGGUGCCGGCGAAUGCACCGCCGCCGGCGCCUGCGCCGCAACCGGUGGUACCGCCUUCGGCGUCGAAGGCCGAGGUGGGCCACGCCAUGCCACGCCAUGCCACGCCAUGCCACGCCUCCACAGCUUGA